CUGCCUGGCUGCAGCUAAGCAGAAGGGCGCCUGCAGCUGAGGGGACAACAGGGCGACUUUAUGGUCCUCCUGCACAACAAAGACCCAAUAAAGCACCGAAACAGUCGACGUGUCGCGACGGGAAAUGGACAACAGUAAACGGACUGUGGUCGUCACAGGUUUUGGGCCGUUUGGAGAGCACACAGUCAAUGCCAGCUGGGUUGCAGUUCAGGAGCUGAAGAAGCUCGGACUUGGCACUGAAGUGGACUUGCAUGUCUACGAGGUUCCUGUAGAGUACCAGACAGUGCAGAGUUUAGUUCCGUCACUAUGGAAAAAGUAUCACCCAAUGUUGGUUGUUCAUGUUGGAGUGUCGGGCAUGGCCACCACUGUCACAUUAGAGAAGUGUGGCCGAAACCAUGGCUACAAGGGCCUGGACAACAGCAGAUUCUGUCCUGAUUCACAGUGUUGCAUUGUGGGGGGUCCAGACUGUAUUGACUCUGUUAUUGACAUGGAAUCAGUCUGCAAGAGAGUGACUUCCUCUGGACUGGGAGUUGCAGUGUCUGUCUCCAAAGAUGCUGGAAGGUACCUGUGUGACUUCACCUAUUACACAUCCCUGUACAUGAGCCACGGUCGCUCCGCCUUCGUCCAUGUGCCUCCUCUCGGGAAGCCGUACAGCGGCGAAGACCUGGGCCGCGCAUUGCAGGCCAUCGUCCAGGAGAUGCUGGAUCUUCUUGAUCACGCUAAGGAAAAGAUCCACUGCCAGCAGCACUUCCACUAAGUGACCUCCCGAUGCCAGCCAGCCUCUUCCAGCCACGCAAGACCGAUUGCACUGGACCACAAGUAGCCAAGUUCUUUCUCUUCCUAAUCCUGCCGGACGUGUAACGAGAGCCUCGGUGCGCUAAAGGUUUUCCGUCCCGGGUGUUGCCUCAUAUUUCCUAUUUUGCCCCGUGGUGAUGAUCAUUACGAGACGCGCGCGAGUAUGUCAGGAAGCUUGAUUGUUCCCAUACAGUUGUUUGCGAGUGUGGAAGAUUAUACACAGCAUUACCUACCAAAUGUGGCUACUAGUAUUGCACCUUAUAGCGUUAGGGUUACUGACAUGGUUACGGAAGUCACAUUUGGCAACCUUUACAUUAGUUGUAUUUGGAAUACUUCAUUCUUACAUGUCAAGCUUCUGCCAUAGUGUUUAUUACCAAAGCCCCUAGCUUACUUGUCAUAUUAUUUUUUAUUCUCAAUAAUCACUACUAGUAUGUGUAGACACUUAUACAUGAUUAAAUAAGUAUAUUCAUGUAGAACCUUUAGCAUAAAACCUUUUUAUUUUCGAUAUCUUCUCUAAACUCUUUGCUACUUCACAUUUGAUGUUGAAUUGUUUCUGGAGUCUUUUUCUUUAUAAGAAGUUGUACGUUUGCCUUCUUUUACAAAGGUGAUUUAAAAUAGGGAACGGGUUGGUUCCAGCUCACAUUCCCCCAGUUUGUCGGCCCAUUUCUGACAGGAAGACAAUAACUCAGUCACUUGAGAUCUGACCCCCCGCCCCCUCCCAGGUUGUGCAAUGUGAUUUAACAGAUCUCAGGUUUCACCAUAUAGCUUCGCCCUCACGGCCGCGCAAUUAUUUGAGAAAGGAGGUUCUGAUGAUUUGUGAUCAGACCGAAACAUUCACUGUACAUUCUUCAAUGUAGUGGCAUCAGUGUUUACAGAAUAUUACCUUGUGCGGGCAGAAGAAAUACAUCUGAAAUGAAUGAUGUAAUAACAGCUGUGGCCCUUUAACAGGAUUUUGUUGUGGCCCCAUUUCAGUCAACUAGGAUUUGAUAAGUUGCUAAUCAAAUGCAAAUGUAAACCCUCCAAGGUUUCAUUAGUUUAAAAUAUAAUCAGUGCACAUGUAGGCCUCCAAGACAACUGCAUAGAGAGUCUGCACUGGCUAUCAUUUUAAGGUUAGCUAUUGAAAAGGCCUGGAAGAGCUUUUCAAUGAAAGUCACCGGUGCCGUUUUUAAACAGAUGCAGUGUUUGACUUUCCCCAAGAUUGUGCAGCCUGAAACAAUGUCCUUGCUUUUAAAGGUAUUUAAUGGCGGCUGAAGUUAUACAAGAAUCCACAUGACAUUGUGUUAAGUCAGAUUUGGGCCUAGAGUUUGAUUUCUGUAGCACUUUUCCUUGCAGCGUUUUUUUCAUUUUUAAUUUUUUUUUACUUUGACUCACAAUAUGUAGCUCAACAGCAGGGGUGUCAAACGUACCGUCUGCAAACAGGUUUUACCCGGCCCACGGAAUGAGUUUGCUAAGUAUAAAAAUGAGCUGGAAUUUUGGAAUGAAAGAAACUGCUGUUCUAAAUGUGUCCACUAGAUGUCGCAGUAGCAAUUAUUGGUAUCUUUGUAGAUGUUGUUACAUACGUAAAAACAAACAAAAAAAAACACAUGUUGGUGCACCAGUCGAAGAAAAUGAUCAAACUACAUGAAUAACAAGCUGCAAUUUGAUUUCGAAUUUUUUUUAUCUUGACAGAUUGAAAAUGAACACCAAUGAGUUGACUGAUGAACAUUAUCACAUUAUGUAUUCAGAAAGUACAAAUAAAGACUGCAACAUGUAAGUGGGAAAAAACCCCAACAACAUUAGGAUUUGUACAAUUUCAGAAUGUGCUUGUUCUAUUUUGAAACAAAGAAAACAAUCUAAAGUUGUCUUUAUUUUUAAGUUAUCGCGCCAUGAUUUUACCAGUCCGGCCCACUUGGGAGUAGAUUUUUCUCCAUGCGGCCCCCCAUCUAAAAUGAGUUUAACACCCUUGCUCUAUAGUCAAAUACAUCCGUUGUACUAUGUUUUUCCCCAUUAAUAUUUUAUUUUUGUUUUGCUUUACAGCUGAAUGAUGCUCGUAUUUCCUAUGUUGUAAUUUGCUAUACAUAUAGAAGUGUAGAAAAGUCUUUCAGGCUACCUGUGUACAUGUGGUUUUCUUAGGCUCCUUUUUAUGUUUGUCGACAGCAACACUUUUUAGUGGCGCGCCACGACUUCAAACGGCCGUUUUCUCCACAGCUUUUUGUACUUUUACUGCAACCUGUGGAAAAAAUUGAAUGUUGUAUGUAAAUUGUCUUAACCGAGAAAAAAACAACACUGGUUUGUGUUGCAGCAAAAAAAGGCCAGUGGAUUUUGGUCUUUUAACUGAUGCCGUUUUUUCCCACACAGUCAUUUAUUUGUGGCGGUGCGCCACAAAUACAUUUGGCCCACGAAUGGAUGCUGCUGUUGGCCUCGCUUACUGUGUGUAAAUGUAGCGUGCAUGUAGAUGGCGUCCGGUUUUCAGACCCUUUUUUAUUGCUCACUUUUUUCUCUCCCCCAGCGUCCAUAAAAAUGACUUGCGCACGCACCAUGGCCAAUUAUGCAAAUCAUUAUCUCUGAGCCCAGUCUUGCGGGAAACACUGGAUACUCCAACUUUCUCUCUUGCCACAAAGUAGCACUAAACGGAACCGUCACAAAAUAUGUCUUUUACAUAUUGGUUGUGCCAAUUUUCUGGGUUUAGAGGCGUUUUCUGAUGUUUUCCUGGGUGUGGCGUUGUGACUGGGUCGUGCUGCGCCCAAAAUAGCUGCUCACAAAUGUGAACCCCAUCCUAUAUGUAGCUCGUUGAUGUUGAAAGUGACCUCGACCCCCUUUAACUCUCUCCUGUGCCUUGCUGUUAUUUAUUUUUGUUUUGAUAAGGCCUUAAAUGGUUUGGUGGCAGGUCAGUUCAAAUAUAUAUCUAGAUAUGUUCCAGGCAGAUAUGUGUGGCUACCUCAAAAAUAUUUUUUAAUCUCAACGUGGACUUAACAUCAUUAUGACAGAUUUAUUGAACGUACUGUACCUCUUGGCAGUGAGCAUCCUCUGAAAGGUGUGUUAUCUGCUUCGGACAUUAUCAAAGCACUGUUACAAGAAGUAAUAUUGGCUCGAUAAAUGGAAAGGUUUUGAAAUAAAGAGAUUUCCGAUGUUAAAAAAA